AUGAAAGGUAGUGCAGUGAUGGAUACUGUCAUUAAAUCUAGUGCUUCUUGGAUCAUGAAGGCAAAAUUGCAGCAAAGGGAUAGCAUUGUGAGCGGCAAACAGGUCUGGGAUAAGUUGUUAUGCUGCACCAGGUUUAACUCUAAUCAGUUCUACAAUGCUAUGAUUGAUGAUGGGAGCAGAGUGGCCUGGCAACAUUUGUUUGUUAACAAUAGGGCUCGACCAAGAGCUAUUCACACCACUUGGCUAGCGUGUCAUGGAAAGCUUGGUACCAAGGAUAGAUUGUAUAGGUUUGGCAUGAUACAUGAGCAGAGAUGCAGUUUGUGUGAUGAUACUAACGAGAGUUUGGAGCACCUCUUCUUUGCUUGCAGCGUGACAAAGAGCAUCUGGAGUUAUGUGUUGCAGUGGUUGGCAAUUCAACAUGAACCUAAGGCUUGGUCCAUUGAUUUUGCGUGGCUUUUAGAGAAAACAGCUAAGAAAGGGUGGAGAGCAAAUCUGUUAAAGUUAGCCUUCACCGAAACAAUAUAUGGCAUAUGGAGGUUCCAAAAUGACAUGAUUUUUGGUGCUAAUACACAGAGAUAUAAGAGUAUAGAUACUAGUAAAGACAUUAUAGAUAAUAUCAUGUAUAGAGGAUGGGCAUCUAAGAAGCUUAGAGAGCAUAUAACAUCUUUGAUGAUUUAG